CAACGGUCGAACGGAAGUUGGCCACAUUGGAAUUCUGUCAACUUCCUUUAGAUGGUUGAUCUUCGUAUUAACCACGUGCAUCAGAGAGAUUUUUAGUGAUUUAGUGCUGGUAAACUAAAAAAACAAGAUGCCUUUAGCCGUUGAUUUAUUGAACCCAUCUGCCGAAAAACAAAAGAGAUCCCACAAAUUGAAGAGGUUGGUCCAACACCCGAACAGCUACUUCAUGGACGUCAAGUGUCCAGGCUGCUAUGCCAUCUCGACGAUCUUUUCGCACGCCCAAUCGGCGGUACCUUGCAAGGGAUGCUCCACUAUUUUGUGCACAUCAACCGGUGGCAAAGCGAGAUUGACAGAAGGCUGCAGCUUCAGGAAGAAGCAACACUAAGUGUUUACUUGUAAUGUAAAUUUAUCAUAAAAAUCGGUUUUCUAAUAAAUUUUAAUUGGAAGACUC